GUGGGGUACAUGGUGUUUCUUUCAUCUUUCCCUUGCUGAAACACAGCAAGUUGCAAAGGAAUGCUGGGGAGACUGUGGAUGAGACCUUCAAUGAUGAUACACUUUUGUUUACAGAAUCAUCAAAAGCAAAUUAAUUGCUGCUGAUUUUCAGUGACAGCCAGGGGCCCACCCUGCCAUUAAAAACCCACUGUGUUCUCCCGAGUGCAAAAGCAUGGGAUGUGUAGGUUCUCCCUUCACAGAGCCUUCCAGCUGCCUUUAAAUUCCUGCCUGUCUGUUUUGCUUAUUUGUACAUGGUGACCUUGCUCUGGGUUUACCUGGCAUUUAUCUUCAUCCCCAUCCUGGACCCAGCAGACACACAGCCUGUCUGAACCCGGCAGCCUGAUCCUGCCACUGCACGUGGUGAUGUGACACGGGGACCUGGUCCAUGGUCCAUCCUUAGAGGGUGUGUGAUGUAAAUGCAGGGCUGUGGUACAGACAGAAACACCAGCAAACAUCUCCACUGGGUUUGGUGUCUCAAAGCAGGCAGGGAGGGCAGGGAGAAGCCCCAGUGCUGAGCAGACCUGUUUUGGGAUCAGAGGUGAGAUUGCCCCUCGGUAGGGUGCCCAAGCUAGCUUUGGGAAGGGCAGCAGUGAAGGUGGCAUUCCUUGGCUGGACAGUGGGACCAUGAGUGUGUGCUCAGGUAGCUAGUUCAUAGUGAAACCCCUGCUGCCAUGUCUUCAUUGCUUUUACAACCCCUGCAUUUGCUUAUCAGUAGAGCAACUGCAUUUUAGUUUUUGUGUGGACACACCUGGAGUGCAACACCAGAGGCACAGCAUUAGCCAGAAGCCUUUAAUGUAGUCAUGUGUUCAAUGGUGUGUCCCUCUGGCACAAGGAACAGACAAUAUUCUGCAACUGCUUGUAUUGCUUGGAGUAUUUGGUUUAGCCCUUCAUUAAUUUCUUCCUUCUUUCCUUUCUUCCUCCUCUGCAUUUUUUCCUCAAUUCCACAAUGUAAAACCCAAAUGAACCCCCAAACAACCACAAUUCAAACUGCCCAUGUGAACGCAUGGGCCCAUAGCUGCCCAUCGCCGACGAGUGCGAUGCAGGCUCCCUUCGCCUCCGUCUAUAACCCUCUGCAGGCACAGACCUCCGAGUCGCCGCAGCGGAGGCACAGCACCUCCUCCAUCCCCAGCCAAGUCCGAGUGGGGCCCGAGCAGCUGAAACGUGCAGCCCAGGUCUGCCCCAACAGCCCCGUGGAAGUGGAGGUGCCAGGACUCAAAGUGCUGCACGUGCAGUUCAAUUCUCCCCUGCAGCUCUAUUCGCAGAGCAACAUCAUGGAUUCCCUGCAGGGGCAGAUCUCUUCCGUUAGCCCCGAUUUCCCCAGUCUAGAUCAGCAUAACCAGCCCCCAGGUAGCAUUGUCAUAGACAGAGAAUCUGAGGUUUACAAGAUGCUCCAGGAGAAUCAAGAGUCAAAUGAGCCACCCAGACAAUCUGCUUCCUUCCUCGUGUUGCAAGAGAUUUUGGAGUCAGAAGAGAAAGGAGACCCUACCAAACCAUCUGGAUUUAGAAGCGUCAAAGCCCCCACCACAAAGGUGGCCUCAUCGAUUGGGAAUGCCCAGAAGCUGCCCAUGUGCGAGAAGUGUGGAUCUGGCAUUGUAGGGGUGUUUGUGAAGAUCCGGGACAAGCAGCGUCACCCCGAAUGCUACGUGUGCAGUGACUGCGGCACCAACCUCAAGCAGAAAGGACACUUCUUCGUGGAAGACCAAAUCUACUGCGAGAAGCAUGCCCGGGAGCGGGUGAUUCCCCCGGAGGGCUAUGAGGUGGUCACUGUCUUCCCAAAGUAAACCGUGCUGUUCACAAAGCCAGUGUGGCUGGUAUCUCCUCUGCUGCUUUUCCUUGGAAAGCAUCAUCCCUGCCCCCUGCUGAAUCUUGUUUGCAAUAAGGAAUGCUAGGCAUGGCUUUGAAUUUCCUUGCCGUUAGUAAUCCUCCAUCUGUUCACAUGAGAUGUCACUAAUUGUUCAACAUUCUUUUUGUCUCCUCUUUCACUGUUUGGGGUUUUUUUAAUACACAGAAUUACUUUUUUUUUUUUCACCCCACUCCUUUGUGCUGUUAAUUGCACAUGAAAAUCAGAGGCCAAAGUCAGAUUACAACUCUUCUGUGUCCCAGUAACUUGCCUUCUGUUUGCAUUCAAUAAAUGGGAUGAAUCCACAAGGCAGAUGUGUCUGCUUUCUCCUGGUAUCCUUCUGCACUGGACCAGGGUUCCCGGGGCAGCAGAAGAGGUGCCCGGUGCAUGGCUGUGUUUACCCUGGAGAACAGCGGGAGGGAAUUAUAAAAUUGAGUCAAACUGGUCUCGCAUGCUGCCCAGCCGCUGUUAGCAGCUGCCUGCUGGCACCCGGCAAGGGCCAGGUGGGCACAGCCAAGCCACAGACCAUAGCUGGCAAUGGUGGGCCGUCCCUGGUGCAAGGCAGCCGAGAGCUGCCUCCUCUGCGUCCAGCACUGCUUCGUGACAACGGGACCGGGCACUUCAGUGCUCCCUGUUACCGCAUCACCCAGGUGCCCGUCCGUUCCCCACGGUCACAAACUGAGCUCUAUGAAGACAUGUCCACUUGAUGCGUGCUGUAAACCAGGGGGUCCUGGAGCAAAGAAGGGACAGUUUGAGUGGCCAUAGUCCCUGUCCCAGCUGUCCCUGUCCAUUCCAUGCCAGCUUCCCCCCUACGCCCUGCACCACAGGCUCGCAGCUGGGUGCAGGCUGGUGAUGGUGUGUCUCACCACCACACCCCCUCGUCCAACCCAUGUCAGACCCCAUAGCCAUUGUUUCUGUCUGCAGACACUUGGGACAAUCCCCUGUGCAAGGCCCUGUGUGGCUGCCAGAGGCAUCACUCUGCUCCCCGUGACACCAGACAUGCAUGGA